AUCAUAAAGAUUGUGUCAUUGAGAUAUCAGUAAUCAAGGGCGCUGGAAAAAUUUGGGACAAGAACCCAAAUUUGUCCUUUGCUUGCUUUUACUACUAAAUAAAUGAGAGGCAGAUGAUUUAGAAGUGGGGAAUUUAAGUUUCUACUGUUUGUUCGGGGGUUAAUAUUAUGAGCGUUGACUAGGUAAAGCACAGGAUAGGAAAGAGUGAAGGAAGGAGGAGGUGAAGGCACUGGCGGAGAGCUCAAAACGUGGUAGUUGUGAUAAAUCAUGCUAAUUUAUCAUAGUCAUGGUCAAAAAUGGAGGAAUCCUUCUAGAAAUUUUUUAAUUAGAAAGACAGCUGCUUGAAGACUUGAAAAAAAUGUCAAAACACAUGGUUUCAACAUUUUGCAGGCGGCUCCCGUUCUUUGACUUUAGUGAUCAUCUCGAACAAUAUUGAAAAUCUCACACUUUUUGCCUUUGGAGUUUGCAAUUCAUUGUGAUGUUAUAAUUGGCGUGGGGAUAACAACGACUAUUCGCCUACCGUUGAUCGAAGGUUCGAAUUUGGUUGCGUUUCAAACUGAAGUGCAGAAAUCGUGUGAGCCUUAACCUCAGGAGGAUAUGCCUGUGGAAGGCCUAAUAGUUUUUAGAGGGGGAGAAAGAAGCACAUUCCGACAAUUUUGGGAAUUUUGUAGAGACAAUCUGAGGGCGUGAAUAGUUUUCAGAUUCGGGUCUGAAAACUAAUGUAAUAUUUCAGCUGUGCAUAAUUAGUUUGUUUUUGGAUAAUUGCCAUAGGGGGAAUCCAUCUGGGAUUGAACCCAGCCCCAACUGUGCCUAGCAGGAUUUAAAUCGUGGUGGGUCUUUAGGAGGGCUGUUUUAUCACUGCAUGAAGUUAACUCUGUGGGUCGCCCAAUUUUUUAAAUCGCAAGGCCGGGAAUUAUCUCGAGUCAGAUUGGUCGCUUUUCUUGUUCCUCGGCUCUGAACGGGUCCAAGCUGUGAAAAUGUCUAGGAAUUAAUGUUUCUCGGGAGGAAAGGAAAAACCAGGUCUGCUUGCCACCAUUGAUUGCAGCGGGAUGAGGUAAACUCGAAGCACGGUUAUUUAGUUUUAGUUUGAGCCAGGAAGAGCUGUCAGUAAAAACAAUACCGAGCAAAUAUUUGGAGUGGGGGAUUCUGCUCAUGCAAGAGGCAAGGUUUUGUGAAUGAGUGAGCUUGUGCUGUUGUAAUUUUAUAUUUGCCCGUAGUGUAGGCAUUAAAUCAACAUGCAAAAAUUAUUCAAUCAAAUCUAUAGGGCAUAUGACAUCUCCUCGGCCAUUAUUGAGUCCUUCCCCUCGCACCCCAAUAUCGACAGAAAUACCAGUACAAAGUUGGAGCUUCAAUUUUAAUUCCCUUAAUUCUAACACUGGAUUGUUGAAUUCUGGCAUCCCUGGUCAAGCAACUCCUAGUUCCAAUUUCAAUUUAAGAAUGGAGCGCAAGGGUUCAAAGCGGGAGGGCCCCACUAAUGAGGUGAAUUUAGGACUAGGUGAACCUGGCAGCAUUCAUCCUUCAUUAUCACAUUCAGGUUCCAGAAGGCAGGGACACUACUCAGAUGUUUCUGACAAUUUGUUUCAAGGCUAUAAUAGCAGACCAAGUUCUAUAAGUGCUUUUGAAAUUUCUCGACAGUCAAGUGAGCAUUUGUCUCAGAAAACAGAGCAGGGCUUCCCAAAGAGGUACGGAUCGAGAGGCACCGAUUCGGAUGCCCUAGGGGGCUCGCAGAGGGAAAUAUCAGAUGAAAAUUCAAGAUUAAUAUUUAUCAAUGAUCCUGAUCGCACAAAUGACAAGUACGAGUUUGCUGGAAAUCAAAUUAGGACCAGCAAAUACACAGUCUUCACCUUCUUGCCCCGCAAUCUCUUUGAGCAGUUUCACCGGGUUGCUUAUAUCUAUUUCCUUUUGCUUAUUAUAUUGAAUCAGCUUCCAUGGCUUCAAGUGUUUGGCAGAGCUUCUUCUUUUCUUCCACUUGCAUUUGUUUUGCUUGUUACUGCUGUCAAAGAUGGCUAUGAAGAUUGGCGCAGGCACCGAUCUGACAGAACAGAAAACAACAGAAGGGCAGAGAUAUUGCAGGAUGGGAGUUUUCAGCCGAAGGAAUGGAAAAAGAUUAGGGUUGGUGAGGUGGUGAAAAUUAGUACAAACGAUACCCUUCCUUGUGACAUUGUAUUGCUGGGGAGUAGUGAUUCAAGUGGUGUUGCUUAUAUCCAAACAAUCAAUCUUGAUGGAGAAUCAAAUCUGAAAACCAGAUAUGCCAAGCAGGAAACGCUCCUGAGGAUGCCAGAGAGAGAGCCCAUUUCAGGUACCAUUCGCUGUGAAGAGCCAAAUAGAAACAUAUAUGGAUUUAAUGCAUACAUGGAAUUUGAAGGCAAACGGAUUUCACUUGGCCCAUCAAACAUAAUUUUGCGUGGUUGUGAGCUAAAAAAUACUGCUUGGGUUAUUGGAGUUGUAGUCUAUGCUGGCCAAGAGACCAAGGUUAUGCUGAAUAACUCAGGAGCACCAUCAAAAAGGAGCAGACUGGAAUCUCAUAUGAACAGAGAAACAAUAUAUUUGUCUCUAUUUCUCUUGAUCAUUUGUGCAGUUGUGGGAUUAGGCAUGGGACUGUGGCUGGGGCGGCAUAAAGAUCAACUAAGUACCUUACCUUACUUCAGAAAAAGGUAUUUCAAGGGAUCAGAGAACAAAGAUUAUAAUUACUAUAGUAUAGGAGCAGAGGUAGUGAUUGCAAUGUUAUCGGCAGUGAUAAUAUUUCAGAUUAUGAUACCCAUUUCUCUGUAUAUAUCCAUGGAGCUGGUCCGUUUGGGACAGGCUUAUUUCAUGAUUAGGGAUAAAAAGAUGUAUGAUAGUGUUUCCAAAUCAAAGUUUCAAUGCCGAGCACUGAAUAUCAAUGAGGACCUUGGACAAGUAAAGUAUGUUUUUUCAGAUAAGACAGGAACUCUGACAGAAAAUAAGAUGGAAUUUCGAGAUGCAAGUGUGUUUGGGAGAAAUUACAGUACCUCAAAGACUUUGACAGAGUAUAAUUACCAGAAUUCUUCUUUGCAGAAUGAAGAGAAGGAGAUUACCACAGGCGUAAAUGUUGGAGAGACUUGGAAGGCAAAAAUGGAGGUUAGAGUGGAUCCCAGACUUGUGCAGUUGCUUCAGAAAGAUAAUGUCACACAGGAGACAAGAUUUGCACAUGAUUAUUUCCUUGCUUUAGCAGCUUGCAACACAGUAGUGCCCAUUAUAACAGAAGGGUCAGUAGGUGUGAAAUUGGUUGAGUAUCAAGGUGAAUCUCCUGAUGAGCAGGCACUAGUUUAUGCUGCAGCUGCCUAUGGAUACACUCUUAUAGAGCGAACAUCUGGUUACAUUGUGAUUGAUGUGCAUGGAAAAAGGAAGAGAUUGGAUGUCCUAGGGCUUCAUGAGUUUGACAGUGACCGUAAGCGCAUGUCAGUAAUAGUUCAGUGUCCUGAUAAUACUCUGAAAUUAUUGGUGAAAGGAGCAGAUAGUUCUAUGCUUGGGAUUAUAGACAAGUCUUUGAAUGUUGAUUUGGGCACAGAUGUUGAGGGAUCCUCCACUGAUUUGAUGUCAUCCACAGAGAGACAUUUGCAUGAGUAUGCAUCACAGGGCUUACGGACUCUGGUUAUAGGGGCUAGAGAUCUCAGUGUUGAAGAAUAUGAAGACUGGCAUCAUCGCUAUGAAGAAGCAAACAAUGCAUUAACAGGCAGGGCAAGAAAGCUUCGAUUAACUGCGACUCGUAUUGAAUGCCGUCUUAACCUACUGGGAGGCACUGGGAUUGAAGACAGAUUGCAACAAGGUGUUCCAGAAACAAUAGAGACUCUAAGACGAGCAGGAAUUAAGGUUUGGGUUCUGACAGGGGAUAAACAGGAAACUGCAAUUUCUAUUGGUGUGUCCUGUAAACUUCUUACUCCAAGCAUGCAGCAGAUUAUAAUCAAUGGAAAGUCCAAACCUGCUUGCCAGAAGCUUCUGGCAGAUGCAAAGGCUAUGUAUGGGAUUACUAAAGCAGAGAGAAAAAAGAGUUCACCGCAAAGACGUAAAGAAAUUGAUAAUGUCACUGGUGACAACAUACAAUCAAGUAAUAUGUCCGGUGCAAAAUUGUCUGAAAACAUGCCACAGGUUGUUGAAGAAAGGAAGCAUAUGCCUCUGGCCCUUAUAAUUGAUGGCACUAGUCUUGUCUAUAUAUUGGAAAGUGACUUGGAGGAGGAGCUCUUUGAUUUGGCAACAAAAUGUGCAGUAGUUCUUUGCUGUCGAGUUGCACCUAUGCAAAAGGCUGGUAUAGUUGCCCUCAUAAAGAACAGAACAUAUGAUAUGACGUUGGCUAUUGGUGAUGGAGCAAAUGAUGUCUCCAUGAUCCAGAUGGCAGACGUUGGAGUAGGAAUAAGUGGCCAAGAAGGCCGACAAGCUGUAAUGGCAUCAGAUUUUGCCAUGGGCCAGUUCAGAUUUUUGGAACGCUUGUUGCUGGUUCACGGUCACUGGAACUAUAAUCGAAUGGGCUAUAUGAUCCUAUACAACUUCUACAGGAAUGCUGUAUAUGUUAUGAUGCUUUUCUGGUAUGUAUUGUACACAGCGUUCACUGCAACAACUGCUAUAAAUGAAUGGAGUGGUAAUUUAUAUUCUAUAAUCUAUACUUCACUGCCGACCAUAAUUGCAGGCAUUUUGGACAAAGACCUAAGUGACAAUACUUUAAUUCGCUACCCCAAACUAUAUGCUUGCGGGCAUAGGGAAGAAUCCUAUAAUAUACAUCUUUUCUGGCUCACAAUGUUGGACACAUUGUGGCAAAGUCUUGUUCUUGUAUAUGUUCCUUACCUUGCAUACAGGCACAGUACAAUGGAUAUCUAUAGCAUUGGGAGUUUGUGGACCAUUGCUGUGGUGUUGCUUGUGAACCUCACCCUUGCCAUGGACAUAUUGUCCUGGAUAUCUCUUACACAUUUUGUAGUAUGGGGAUCAAUUAUUGCCACAUGGAUCUGCCUUAUUAUCCUGGAUGCAAUACAACCCCUAACAAAUUAUGGGACUAUUUUCCAUAUAAUCACAUGGGGAUCGUACUGGUUGAAUCUUCUUCUUAUAACAUGUUUGGCAUUACUUCCUCGCUUUGUGGCGAAAAUAAUUAAACAGAGAUUUUGGCCUUCGGAUAUUCAGAUAGCUAGGGAAAUAGAAAUUACAAGAAGUUCUGCCUCUUCUGCUGUGGAGCUUAGUCAAAUCACUGGUUCAGCGGCUUCUUGAUCUCUGUUGUGCAAUCAUUUGUUGUGACUAAAUUGCUACCAACUCAUCAGGUAAUUUGGAUGUGGAAUUACUAUAAUUUCCUGAAAAGGUCAGCAUGAACUGUAUAGGUACUGCCUUUACCUGUAAUGUAGUUCAGAAUUGAAUUAUCAAGCUGAAACACUGUACAUGCAUAUUGCCUACAAGAUUUUAUGUGGCGAUUGCCGUGGCGGUGUAAAAUUUAUUUUUGUAUUGUAUUCAUUCAGAGCUGUUUACGAGAUCUAGGUUGUUCAAUUAUUUGAGUGCCAUUCAAAUGUACAUAUAUCAUAGAUUGUAUGGAAGUAUUUUUUAAGGCAAAAUUUGCCUGCAAUUUUUGAGAAACAGGACCAGAUGGCCAUCUUGUUGUAGCUGUUUGCCAAUUUUAAAAAUCCUUUUUAUGAUCUUUCAGUAUA